GGAGACGAAGAAGAAAAAGAAGAAGAAGGGGGAGAAGAAGAAGGAUGACGAGAAUGCUAAACAGAAAACAGAAAGGACGGAGCACUGUUUAUUGAACAUUAACAUAGCACUGUCGCCUCUAAAUACUGAAAUUGAACAUAGCUGUAAAACGUUAAACCAUGACGGAGCUUCAGUCAGCGCUGUUACUCAGGAAACAGCUCGCAGAGCUGAACAAGAACCCAGUGGAGGGCUUCUCGGCAGGCCUGAUUGAGGAUAAUGACCUCUACAGAUGGGAAGUUCUAAUUAUCGGCCCCUCGGACACACUGUAUGAAGGCGGUGUUUUUAAAGCUCAUCUGACAUUUCCCAAAGACUACCCUCUCAGGCCACCUAAAAUGAAAUUUAUCACAGAUAUUUGGCACCCUAAUGUUGACAAGAAUGGAGAUGUAUGUAUUUCUAUUUUGCACGAGCCUGGGGAAGAUAAGUACGGCUAUGAAAAACCAGAAGAGCGCUGGCUGCCCAUUCAUACAGUGGAAACCAUCAUGAUUAGUGUUAUCUCUAUGCUGGCAGACCCAAAUGGUGACUCACCAGCCAAUGUGGAUGCUGCAAAAGAGUGGAGGGAGGACAGACAUGGAGUAUUCAAGAAGAAAGUCACCCGUUGUGUACGAAAGAGCCAAGAGACUGCUUUUGAGUGAUGUUUAGCUGGGCUCUAACUUCAUUUUUUCAGGGUCUCCAAUUGAAAAUCUACAUGGCACUGUCUCCUGCACUCUUCCACCCUGUUGCCAGGCUUGUCCUCCUUGACUUUGGCAGGAACAGGCUGGCUACAGUAGGCUGCAAUAGAACAUAACAGUGACUACAAAGGCUGACAGAAAACCGCCAAGCAAGUGCCAACUCAAAAUAAAACAACAGAAGAUGAUAAAACAUUUUUCAAGUCUAUGAACUGCUUCAACAUUCAGGAAAAUAUUGUAAAGACAUGUAUAUAGCACAGACUAAACCGGAUAAUAUAUAAACUCCCUUUCCAUCCAUCAAGACAUUUAGACCAAAUGAAUAGUGCUGGUUUAAGUAGAGUUUUGAGGUUUCUUUCUUUCUUUUUUUUUAAAAGUCCAUUUUCCCUUUAUCAACUUGAGUGUGCAUUAGUUCCACUUAGAUUGUUUUAAAAGGAGGUCUUAUCGACUAAGAGAAAAUGUGAUGCCAUCGGAAGAACCUCACCUCUGAAGAGCUCAAGGAAGACAAGGAUGAUGUGACUGGUGAAACAUCUUUGGAGCACUGGUGUAUUGGAAUACACACAGCAUGUCUUACUGGUUCUGUCACACACUCAGAGCCCAACAUUACAUGUGGCUAUGUAGAAGUCCUUCCCCCUCCUUUCCUAGUUCUGGGUCUUACCGUCGCACUCAGUUGCCUUUUUAGAAAGGGAACGUCCCCAUUUUUGUUCAUGCAUGCUCAAUAAUUUGUGUCUUUUUUCAAAAGUGCCUCCUCAUAAAAAUGUUUGGCCACUUCACCCUGCAUUGAGCAAGUGUUAAAAAUAUCAGAAAAGAUGGAGAAAUUGUGCACCACCUCGAAAACUGUUUGUAUGAAUUGAUUUACCAGUCAAGUUCACAAGAAUGCUGUAUAAUUAGAAUAUUGGUAACAAUUUGGUGUAGCAAUAAGUCCUCUAGCGUGAAGUGUACACAUCUUAAUUUUUGAUAGCCUGAUAAAAGUUGGGUUGAUUUGGAGUCACUUCUCCAGUAUUGUUAUUUUAGCAGCCAAUGUUUUCCUUUUCUGUGUUGUCCUAGGUAGGAAUUGUUAUGCAUGCUUCAUCUUUAGUUUACUUUUUGUUCCCCUGCUGAAUGUUUCUGAGAUUUGGUUUGCGAAUGUUUGCGUGUUUGUGUAUACAGUAUGUGUGCCCAUUUUGUUUUCUCCCUCUCUCCCUUGAUCUUUAAUCUCUUGUUUAUUCUGUUCUCUCUGAACUGUUGCAGUUUUUGCCUAAUGUACAAAGACAAAAUACUGAUGUAUAUUUUUCAUGUUAUGGAAAUUGUCACCUGUAGUGAGCUCUUCUAAAAUAUGACUUGGUUUUUUUUUUCAAUAGUUACUGUUGUAUUUCUUUCAGUUGUAUUUUGGGCAAGACAUGACUUGAAUAUUGCUUAUGAAAAACAGCAAGCAGGAAGAAUUCCAGCAAAUGAC